AAGUAUCCCACAUCGAAAAAAUAGGGCUACCAACUCUAGUUUAUAAGGAUCCAAGACACCCUCACCUAGUAAGCCGAUUUUCUGGGUUGUAGUUCUACCUUGGGCCUUAUGGGCCGGUGUGGGCUUUCAUCACUUGCCUCCAACUCCUUUCGCCCCUCUAACAUCCAAUGUUGAUUCCGUCUUGAUAACCAGACCCUCCCAUUCCCAUCCCGCAGAUUCCUAAAACCUUCAAAUUUUCUUUUUCCAAAAAAUAUGCAACCAUCCCCACUUAGCUGAAUCCUAAACUAGUGAGCCUAGAUUCGCCACGUCUCAUUAUAUUCUUUUCUCAAUUUUGUUUUUUGCUUCUCUUCACAGUUCACACUUCCAAAUUAAGUAUUAUGUGGUGAACUCUGGACUCUCAAUGAGCUAUUGAAGAAUGAGAGCCGCAUCCAUGAUUCCAAAUCCCAGCAAAACAUUGACCUGUCCAAUAACCAAAACUGCGGUUUCCCAGUUCAUACCAAGAUCCAGAUUAUGUUGUCUCCCCAAAAGCACUAACACUCCAUAUGAGACGAACGUUGUUUUUAAUACCGGAGAAGCCACCAUGCCAACCAUGUCUGAUAUUAUUGGCUCAUCAAGGGUCCAGAACCAUGACCUUCACCUCCAAACGCUCGGACCCUUUUUCAGGAUCACAGCCAAGAGCCUGGAAACCAAGAGAGAGCUGGGAAGGGCUGAGGGCCUGAUAAGGGUCUGGUUUGGAGGCAGAAUUCUUCACUUGGACUCAAUCAGAUUGAAGAGAGAGACUCUGGGUAUGGAGAAGUCAAUAUUUGGAAUUGGUUUGUUUAUUGGAGCUGUUGCUGUUCGGUAUGGGUAUGACUGUGGCUGCAAGACUGCUCAGUUGCUUGCCAUCAAUGACUCUGAUUUUUACCAUUCUAAGCUUGUUAGGUUCUAUAAGAGAAUUGGGUUCAAGACUGUGCAUGAAGUAACUGGUUCAACAAUUGGAGACAUUCCCCACAUGUUGGUGUGGGGAGGAGUUGGUACUCGAAUGGAUGCCAAUAUUGAGGAGCUUUUGAUCAAAUGGUGUACCAGGUUCAAGCCUUGACUCUUUAUAUAUUUGCCUGACAAGUUUUUUGGGUCAAUUCUGUGCUACAAGAGAUAUAAUGAAUGAAAUCAAAGUCAUUUCCACUUGGCAACAUCGGUCUCUCUUGGUGAGGAGCUUUUUUUCCUUGGAAUGAUAGGCAAGUACCUACUAUUUAGCACCUUUGUUGCUAUUUAGGGAUGAUGGUAGCAAGGCCUUUAUUGUAAUCAUGCAUUCAUAAAGCCUCCUAUCAUGUCCAUGUUCCCAGAUUUGCCAGUUAUAUGCAGCACUUGCUCUUCAAUUCUUCUUUCUUGAUUCUUCACCUGUAAUAAAAAAGCAGUAGAU